AUGGGUAAUUCACUUGGAACAUCGACAAACGGUCCGAUUAUCAGUGUUGAGGAUGCAAGAGCUCACAUUUCCGACGAGGAGUACAGGAGGCUCCAUGCAGCUUUUGCUGGUUUCAAGAAGCCAUUCAUCACUUUUGAUGAAUUCUGUUAUCACGUACUCGGUGGAGCUCCCAUUCCAGAGGACAAGCAGAAGGAACUAUUCAAGUUUUGUUCAAGGAAUGCUGACACCUUAUCUUUCGAGAACUUAUUAACAGCCCUCGUUGGUCUCUGUCGUAUAGAGCAUGUUCAAGAGCAUUUCAUUGAAGAAUGUAAGGAGUUUGCAUCAUGGGGUUUGAGACCUCCGCUGCUUACCAUACCGAUGAGUGAUUCGUACAUAUCGUUUUACGAGGUGAUGUCGUAUGUCACACAUUUGUCCGUUGAAGAAGUUAUGGAGUUAGAGAAAGUCUUUGCCACAAUUAGUGAUCGAUCCGUUUGUAAACUAUCCAAGGACCGAUGGGACGCGGCGCUAUGCAACUGUUUUCCAAAGAAGUUUGCCAACCAGUUAUUCCGUGUUUUCGACGAGAAUGGAGACAAUCAGAUAGAUUUCCGUGAAUUAGUGUGCGGCCUGUCAGCAAUGUGUCGUGGACCAUUUCCCAGUCGACUUUCUUUCCUGGCAAAAUUGUGGGAUGAAGACUGCGAUGCCAAGCUUUCUGAUGCCGAAUUGGAACAGAUGUACGAGGAUUUACAAGUGCCCUCGAAAGAUCGAACGGUAGUGAAAAGCGCUGGGGAUAAAGCUGCAACGGUUGAUUUUGCUACGUGGGCGAAUGAAAACGAGUACGCUAAAGAGCACUAUGCAAUGGCAAUGGAAAUUGGUCAUAUCUGCCUCGGUUUGCGCCCAGAAUCACAUCUUGUAGGAUUAGCACUUGUCAAUUCUUUCGAACAGCGCUCAAAGGAUUUACCUCUGGCUGAAUGGAAUAUCGUCUCUUCUGUUUGGCACGCUGAAUGGGCAAAAGCGGCGGCGGAGGGCAAAACACCACCACCUGUUGAUAAUUCUUCUAUCAAAGGCACAAAAGCGGACGACGGAUGGAGCGGAAAGGUUGCUUGCUUAUCGCUGGAAUCGGCGAAUCUUCGUGCAGAUUUGACCCCGAAAGACUACAUCGCAGUGCCUUCAGCACUCUGGCGAGCAUGGCUUCGCUGGCAUGGAAGCGCGCAAUCGGUGGACGGUCAAUUCACUCGUAAAAGGCUCAGCGGCGAAUUCUUCCCGGAUGGAAAAGAGGCGUUAGAGCUGUAUCCUAUGGAUAUUCUAUUAUUGGGACAUGACAAGAAGAAACUGAAGGACGUUGAUGGCAUACAGCAGACAUCGCCAUGGGCGUGCGCGCAGGUUUCUCGAAGUUGUACUGUGGACGAGCUCUUGCAGUUGUGUAGAAGCGAGCUGAGGCUUGGCGACGGAGAUGCAAGGUUGUGGCUUGUUGGCGAUGAAGGAAAUACAUUGCUUGAUGACGGAAAGCGGACGCUUCAUCAGCUAAGUGUGAAGGGAAAACGGGUGAAUAAGUUCCUGCUAGAACUGAGAGAUGCAAACGGUGUUUGGCCUGAAGAGUUGCGUGCUUCGUUAACUGGAACACAGAUAUCGUCGUUGGCGUGUACCACAGGUCGUCCUGGUGCCGUGGGUCUUGUGAAUUCUGGCAACUUUUGCUACCGUAAUGCGGCUAUACAAUGUCUUGCACGUGUCUCACCUCUUACGGAAUACUUAUUGAACGAAGCAAGUUUGAAUGCUUUGAAGAAGUAA